AACUACUCAUGUCUAGUUGUUUACAAUCUCUCUGGCUAAACAUGGCCGUUGACAAACUUACUCAUGGCAGUUAGAACUCGAUAACUCUUGAAAUAUUUAAACGUACAAGUCUUAAUUUUCAAAAUAAGCUACUCUGUAAUUAGCGAUUCAAUUGCAUUUUUUAUCUUGUUGCUGGUUUGGUUUUUAUCUCAUCUUGCUGUGACUCGUUAGCCGCUGAAGCUAAGUAGUGAGCUAACUUCUCCAUAGGGAACAAUGACAGCGACUUCUGCAGGUAGCACCAGCUGCCUCACCGCUAAAGGACUGGACAUAAGUCUGGCUGCACUGCAGCGACAAGACCCAUACAUCAAUAACAUUGUGGACGUGGCCAGCCAAGUUGCUCUGUAUACUUAUAACAACAGGGCAAAUGAGUGGGAGAAGACCGAGGUGGAAGGCACCCUUUUUAUCUACACAAGACUUGCAUCUCCCAGACAUGGUUUCACCAUUAUGAACAGACUCAGUAUGGAGAACUUGACAGAGCCAAUCACCAAAGACCUGGACUUCCAGCUCCAGCACCCCUUCCUGCUUUACCGCAAUGCUCGAUUGGUUAUCCAUGGGAUUUGGUUCUAUGAUAAGGAGGACUGUCAGCGCAUUGCCCAGAGGAUGAAGAUUCUGGCCCAGCAGGAGCAGGUCCUGGUUCAGUCUCAGGGUGGAUGGUUGUCCCCAGGAGGAGGAGGAGGGGCAGGACGAGCAGUCGGGGCAGGACGAGCAGUCGGGGGAGGACGAGUAGUCGGAGGAGGAGUAGGAGUCGGUGGAGGAAGUGAAGCGAAGGCAGUUGAUAUCAUCCAGAUGUUGACCAAAGCACGGACAGAGUAUGACAAGGGGCAGUCUACAUCAGAGCCAAAGGAGAUUGGUGGCAGCAGUGUUCUUUGUGGAAACCCCAACCUGAUCAAACCAAUACCUGUUAAACCAAAUGCUCAGGACAGUGAAGGUGCUGAACCCAAAUCUCUCUCUCUGGCCACACUUUUUGGCUCUCAAUAUCAACAUCACCACUCAUCCCAACCUGACCCAGUCUCUCCUGUGGCCGCCCCUGGGAUAGGGUCAUCAACGGCAGCAAUCACUCGCCCACCUGUAGCCCGCACACUGACAUACGAGGAUACAGUGAACUCUGGCAGAAGUGUGACCUCCAAGGGAGGGAAUGUUGCCAUGGCUGGGUUUUCAGAUAGAGGGCUCAGGGCUGUGAUUGGAGGACAAACAAUCGGGGACAGUGGUGGAAAUGUUGUCGUGGGCUUGCUGCCGAGUCCCACUACCGCCCAUCAACAGCAGCAGAACCAGCCUCAGCACUGCCCAGCCAUCCAGAAGCUCAUGCAAGGACAGAGAGCGGUCGGGGGGGUCGGAGGGGUGCUUCAGACUGUGUCCGAGUCCCCCGAGAACAGGCUGUGUGACAACGGGGUACCGCUGGAGCAUCACCACCACCAUCACCACUUGUACCAUCAUCAUCAGCAGCACCACCACCAUCAUCAUCAACAGCAACAGCUUCAACCUGACCCAAUCAAGAGACUUUUCCAGCCACCUCCUUCUUCCUCCAACCCCCCGCUUCCUCCUCUUCUGCAGCAGAACCCCCAUCUCUCUUCCCAGCCCAUAAUGGUGGAUUCUGUGUCAUGUUCCCACCUUGAUGCACAACAAACCCAGCAGCUGUUUUUCAGCCUAUCUAAACCUCAACCAGAGGCACAGCACAACAGCCAGUCAGCUUCAACUAUACAGGGAACAGGUUUGCUGCCAUCUCAGGUGGCCAAUGAUCAAGUCCUUCAAUCUUCACAAGGUCUGUCUUCCCAGAUGCCUGGCGUGGUGUCGCCUCAUGAGCUCCUGCAAAAGCUCCAGCUGGUCCAGCAAGAGCAAAGCCUGGCUUCCCAUGAUCUCCCUCGACUCUGUCCAGGACUGGCCCCUCGAUUUCUGGGGCCCAAUCAAGGUCAAGGUGCAGGCUCAGUUGUAGGCCCAGUCCCAAACCAGAACACAGCCACUGCAGGUCAAAAGGCUGCGCUGCACUUUCAGGUUAUCUCCCCCCAGCGAAUACCAGCCACUGUGGCCCCCAACCUGCUCCUCUCUCCCAGUGUGUUCACUCAGGCAAAGGCUAGUGGCGGGUUGUCAGCAGUUGCCCAGGAGAGCUGCCCUGGCCCCUCAACCCUGUCCAGACCCCCGCUGCAGGCGGAGAUCAGAGUACUGUCCAAAAGCCAGCUUCAAGCCACGCUACUGCAUCUGAUCCAGACUGACAGCUCAUUCCUGGACACCAUCUAUGAAGCCUAUGUCAGCCACUUUGCUAACGACUCCAGCAGGAAGUACUGAUGACUCUUCACGCCCUCUGUCUAUGCAUUCACCCUGUCCAGAGCAGCGAGGCUGAUUCUUACCCUUAAUAUGGAUGUACCACUUCCUCCUCCGAAUCCCAGCUUCAAUCACACACACACACACACACACUCAUUGUAUCUCCUCUGCACUGUAUAGCCAGUCAACCUGACUCUCUUCACUUCAAGCCAAGUCUCACUAGUUGCAACAAAAAAGCUGUGGCUCCUCUGAAAAAAACAAAUUCUCUCAAGCGGAGGAACGCUAAUUUUAGGCACAAAUGUGGCAUAACCAUUAACCAGUCUUGACCUCACCUGCAGUUAAGGGCAAAACGUAACCUAUACUCUAGUUCAUUCUCAGUGAAGACAAAAUAUGCUGCAACCUCACAGGUGUUUGAAUUUAGUAGUAACCUGAACUAUUUUGUUUUUCACCAGAUGUAGCAGAAUUUAAUUAAAUUUUGUUUUAUUAUUUAAUCACUAGUCUUUACUCUGACUCAGUCGUCUAACACCAGCCAGCCUUCUGGGCUUUAAUAAACAAGUCUUCCUACGUCAAACGGACUUGAAGCUGACUUCACUUAUAAAAUGAAGUGUAAAACAUGUUAAACAUGUUUUAUUUUCUGUACAUUUGGAAAAGUAAGUAUAUUUAAAUGUUAUCAGAAUAUUUGGAUUUGAAUUUACAAUUCUUUUAAAUUAAGUUCUUACUAGUUUGCUUUCUAAAUUAAUUUAAAGUAAGUAUGUUUUACUAUCCAAAUUCUUUUAAAUCUAUUAUUAAAGUGAUACCUUGUCAUUUUGAUUUUUUUUCUCGUUUUUCAGCAGACACUAGCUGUGAUAAAUAUAUGUAUUGGUAUUUUAGUGAAUGUUGUCACUGAACAUUAUUAUCAUGAUGAAGAAUUCAAAAUGACAUGGUAUCCAUCUAACUUGAAGUAACAAGGAAAGUACAGGAGAUUGUUAACCUGCACUACCUCACAGAGAACUAGUUCGGAGGUGGACCUGUGUUUUUACUUAGUGGCAGAUUGUUAGUUAUUUUUAACGGUUAGAUAAUCCAGUCAGGAUUUUUGUUUCAGUUUUACAAAAGGGUUUCCAUCAUUACAGAAAAAAACAACUUUGACAACCUUUUAACACACUGAAAUAUCAGAGCUAUUGUUGUAACUUGACAUGUAGUGAUUUUGCAUUCAUGCCACAGUUGCUGUACAUCUCUCUGCCAAAUAAAACAACUUAGAGGAAUUCCCCUCAGGAAUAAUAAAACAAGUUAUUGAUUAAAUGCUUUGCUAUUGAUGGUAAAUCCAGUUACAUAAAUUAUUGCUUUGUUAAAUGGAGAUUUAAUGCAAUAAAAAGCAGUAGAGAGAGUAUAUAAAUAUAUCCGAUAAUAAUUGUUUGGAGUUCAAAGUAUAGUAGAGAAUGUUACAGAAAAUGCAUUUCCAAAAUACUGUUACCCUAUAUAUACUGGAUCAAAUGUCAACCAACCAAACUAAGUUUCCCACUCAAUAUCACUCACUUUCUCAUUCAGUACAGCAGAGAAGGCACAGUCAAUAAAAAUGUUUCAUUUUGUCAGGGUUUGAAGGUUGUGUUUAGCUCCAGUGCUAAACUCAUAUAUAGCCAGACUAUACAGUAGCUACCAGAGAGUACUCAAAAACAGCAGCAACAAAAAAAAAGAGAAUACAGACCAGAAUAUUUUUUUCCUAUUUUUGUAUUCAAGAAGCAAAAUGUAUUGUUCUCAUAGUACAAAUACCAGCACGUUACAUUACAAUUAAAAUGUAUAGCUAAGAUAUAAGUAAAAAAUUAUACAACAUACCUACAGUUAUUUGUAAUACUGUUUUGUUCCUUUAAUUCAAAAGAUGUCAUCCAUAAUUUUGUCAUUUAAAAUAAUAGACAUUAGAAUGUUAAUGGAAACAAUUUUACACAAUUUUUAUUUCUUUUUGUCAGGAAUGUUUUGCUCUUACAUAAAGUGGAAUAUAUUUUAAUUCGAUAUUAAAUGUUCUCAAACUGC